UCUCUGCAACAGUCCCCACAUGAAAACUCACCACCGGAAACAGUGAAAUAAAAUGUCAAAGUCGUUGCUACCUUCUUUUUCCGGUGAUCUCGGUUGCUGUUGAACGCAUUUUGUAGCAGCAGUCUAGUUCCUCCGUUAUUUCAGCCGAAAUGGUUAAUCUACGUAAAAGGAAGAAGACUAGGAAACUACGCGGUCACGUCAGCCAUGGCCAUGGACGUAUCGGAAAGCAUCGUAAGCAUCCCGGAGGUCGUGGUAACGCUGGUGGUAUGCACCACCAUCGGAUAAACUAUGAUAAGUAUCACCCUGGUUACUUUGGUAAAGUUGGUAUGAGGAAUUUCCAUUUGAACCGCAACCAUCAGUACUGUCCAACGUUGAAUCUGACUAAACUAUGGUCAUUGGUGGGCGAAGACAAGCGCAUUGAGUGCAAGAAGGAGAAGUCCAAAGUACCAGUGGUGGACUUAGUGAAAUUUGGCUACUUCAAAUUGCUUGGAACGGGGCAUAUUCCCAACCAGCCCAUCAUAGUUAAGGCCAAGUUUUUCUCCCGGAAGGCAGAGAAUAAAAUAAAGGCUGCAGGUGGUGCAUGCAUUCUGAGGGCGUAACUAUCAGUAACCAAUGUUUUUAAGACCGUAAGAAAGUAAACUUGUGAAAAAUACAUGAAAAUUCUUUCAAAGAAAAA